UAGGUACUCGUACUGUCUUCCAGCUGACCACUCAUGAUAUACAUCUGAAUACGAUGGCGGAUGUGACUCCCUGUUUAUUCUUUGCACUCGUGUCAGUUCAAAUCCCUUGACGUGAACGGUCUGGUAUUCCCUGAAGACCGCGGCAUCCUCCAAGCGCCAGCAGUGCCUUUUCUGAAUCAUCAACAUGAAGGUUCUCGAUCCUCAAGCUGCCCUUCUCACUAUCUCGGAAGUCCACCAUUUCCUCGCCAGCAACCCACCCCGACCGCAACCGAAGAAAGUUGGGUCGUACUCGUCGGUGAAUACCAAAGAGUACCAGCGAGUUCGGGAUGAUUUUGAACAUUACGUGACGACUACGGUCCCAUAUAUCAAGGACUUUCCUGCGCCCGAAAGUUUUGUUAAGACGGUAGUCCCUAAAUUGAAGGCGUUUGGUUUGACCAAGACCGAGGUCUUCAACCUGAUCAACCUGGGAGUCGGCCUGCCUACAGCUCAAUCUACACAGAAGUCAGUCGAGGCCGGCGACGGCAUGGAUGUUGACGGCGAGGGAGCUGGAGAAGAUGCCGCGGAAGAGCCAGAUUAUCGACAGAUGUUGUCACUGAUCGUAGAAGAGUUGGAAGACAGAUUUCCAGGCGACGAAGGUGAAGCCAAGAUUCAGAAGAUAUUCGACACGAUGCGUAACGAAUAUCAGCGGGCGAAAAAAGGCAAGUCCACCAAAGGGACGAAGGUCAAGAUGAAUGGCACAAAAUCGAAAUGAAGGCCGACGAAUGUGCGCAAGAGUGCUGCUCAGAGACACAUGGGCAUCCCCACCAGCUUCCGCCUACUCCCUACUCAGGCCGCGCAGGCUAAAUGCCAUAAAGAGCAUACCUGCAGAAUGCUGGAAACCCAACUCUGCUGUCCCCAGCAACCCAAGAAAGUCGGCAGUCCGUACAAACAACGGACAGUGGAAAGCUCAUUUUCUUUGGUCCAGAUUGUUAUGUAAGAUCCAGGAGGAGCCUGAGGCUUGGAUUUGCGGUACAUGCAAGAUCAAAUGUCUAUCGUUGGUGUGAUGAUUCUUGGGCGAAACUAUGAUGGGCCUGCCCGAACAAGUCCCAUCAUUACCAGACUGAGUGUGGUACAUUACAGUAUCAUCUUGGCAAGGAAGAUUAUUCUCAUUGACUUUUUGGGAGGCCUAAGGACCUGGAGAGGCUGGGGUCGAGACACGUUGGAUGUAGCAGGCCCCAAGCAAAACAUGAUCCUGCGACUUCACGGACACGAGAUGAGCUGAAUCACCACAAGGCGAGGUUGUGCAGAUGUUUCUGGUGAUGCCAGGGGAAGACCAGGGAGCCCAGAGUGCCCAGAGUGCCCAGAGCCGCCACACGCCCUCGGAGAAGUGUCACAAUGGGGCGGUUUGUUGCCCGUGAGCAGAAUUGGUACAAGUACCUGAUGAACAGUACGAAUCAUAAUAUUGGUGACUUCUCACUGUUCUUUGUUGCUCAUGGUUAGACACAUCUCUCUUGGGAAGCCUGAAAACGAUGUCCUUGUGCUUACUCCGUACACCAUGUUCUUAUUAUUGAGAUACUGUAGAGAAAGGGCUGUGGGGUUCUAAAUAGAGAAGUUCCUCCUGGAUGGCAACGAAACCAUACAAAUCUCCAUAAUUGCAAUGUUCAAGCCUCCACGAUGGUUUCAAAUGGACGUG